AUGGAAAGACCAAUUAGGCCAUUAGGUAAUCGUUUAACAGAGAGAGAGAGAGAGAGAGAGAGAGAGAGAGAUGGAUUAUUAGCUAAUUGUUACUCUGUGUUCUGUGAUGAUUCUGCGUACGUCUCGGCUCGCGGUGCCAUGGACGCUUCAGUAGCCGCAGCGAUGCGAGAUAAGAAAUACAGAGCGAGACUGAACCUUCCACACAUCCGGGAGUGUGAGUCCCUCCUGAAGACCACGCUCGACCACUCGACCUUCCACAACAUGUGUGUUCUCCAGCCCAUCGGGAAGCGGCUUUUCCAGCAGUUCUUCUGCAAUGACGUGACCCACAGCGUGCAGAGGCACCGUGAGAUUAAGUACUCUUUAGGCGCGGUUAUGGUUUUUGGCCACAUGAUGGUUGUGUAUCACAUGUAUGAUGUAGCUGAAAAGAAUCCAGGCUUUAGUGAAGUGCGAGCAGCUUUCUACUGCACUCAGAUCAUAUGUGGAUUAGAACGUUUACACCAACACCGGAUCAUCUACAGAGACCUGAAACCUGAGAAUGUUCUCCUCGAUGAUGCAGGUCAUGUGCGACUGUCUGAUCUCGGGUUGGCUGUGGAACUUACUCCAGAAAAAAAGACAACUAAAGGAUAUGCAGGAACACCAGACGGAAACCAGAAGAACCAAAACCCCCCCCCCUUCAGUCAUGCGCUGAAGCAGCUUUGUGACGGAUUGAUGGAGAAAGAUACAGAAAAACUCCUGGGCUCCAAAAAUCACCAGCGUGUAGAGCUGAAAGAGCAACCGUUCUUUAGAGAACUGCACUGGGGUCAGCUGGAGGCAGGUCUUCUUCCUCCUCCAUAUGUUCCUGAUCCUAAGAUGGUCUAUGCGAAGAACAUCGAUGAUGUUGGUGCCUUCAGUACAGUUAAAGGUGUAGUGUUUGGUGAUGAAGAUAACGAGUUCUAUAAAGAGUUUGCAUCAGGGACCGUUCUGAUUCCGUGGCAGGAAGAGAUGCUCGAGACCGGGUGGUUCGGAGAGCUGAACAUAUGGGGGGAGGACGGAAAACUCCCCAACGACCUCGACCUCAACUACGUCCAGAGCAACGCAGAAGGCUGUGUUAUACUCUAG